AUGGCUACCACCCAGACCACCCAGACCCAAAAGACCACCCAAUCCAAGCAAGAGAUCCUCGUUGUUGCCAAGAGCCUUCGGGAGGAGAUUGCCGAGCCCCUUGCCACGCUCAAGUCUGAAAACCCAUCAGCCGAGGACGUGGAGAAGGCUCUCACCUCCAUCCGUGACUCUGUCAAGCACGCCAACGAGGCCGUCCCCACCACGUCCCAAGUCUCCACCUCCUCUACAACGACCUCUACUGGCAAUCCUCUUGCCUUUGCCCAGAAUGGUAUCCAAAGCGGUGUCGAUGGCGUCAGCAACUUGAUCGGACAAGGACAGACUGCUGAGCAGUCUGGUUCCAUCGAGGAGAUUGACUCUGCUGAGCAGAAGAAUGACGAGAAGGCGGUCGUGAAAGCGGACGAGAAAGCGGACGAGAAAGAGGGCGCGAAGGAAGAUGAGAAAGAGGAGCCCGCCAGCAACGAAGAGCUGAACAAGGUGGGCGAGGUUUUGGCUGGUGUCGUGGAGGACGUGAACAAGGCUGUGGAUGGCCUGACGGAUGACCUCAAGAAGCUUCCUAUCGUCGGCGCUCUUAUUGGGGAGAUUGACGAUGGACUCAAGACGCUUCUUUUCGGUGUAGAGAUAGUACUGAAAGGUGUUUUGCAAGUUGUCCAAGGACUCCUUUCUGGCCUCACUGGGGUUCUGGGAGGCGUGGGCGGUAGUCUUCUGGGAGGCCUUCUCUAA